ACGGUCACAGACGACAGACUCACAGCACUGAGCACAGUGAGAGUUUGACAGUUACCUUAACCUUACUACCUCCCCUAUAAAAAAUAUUUUAGUUUAUUUUAGUACUAGAGUCAAUGGUACUAGUAAAUUAAUAAUGAACAAUCAAACUCUUAAUCUCAUGACUAAGCAAUUAAUUUAUUAAUUUCAAUGCUCAAUGUAAUUAACUGUUGACAUAACCUGUAUUGGAUUAUAAUUUAUGACUACCUAUUUGGAUUUGAUUAGAUUCUUUAGGACCUAGGUGCUACUUAUAAUAAUAUUUAGCCUAGUUUGUGCAGUUUUUAGGCAUUGGAAGUAGAAAAGUGCCUUUACGACUAGGACAUGCUGCCAUGAAAGAUGAAUACAGAUGCAAGUGAAACUGUAGCAUUAAAGUCAAGGAAUCAUGCCCUGGAAUAUAUUCAGUGUGGGAAUUUAGGAAGAGCUUUUUCCCAUUUUCUUGUUGCCCUUCAGCUGAAACCCGAAUGGAAGACUGAUAUAAAAAAUAUAUUUUCGAACACCCUUUGCACUUGGGGAAAACAACUUGAAUCUGCUCAGAGAUUUAAAGACCUCUUUAAAUGUUAUGAACAAGCAAUCAAAAUAUACCCUGACAAUGAAUUAGUCCUUUGCAACUUGGGCUCUCAUUUAUUCAGGCUAGAACACUUGUGUGAAGCUGCUCAUUAUUUUCGACAAGCCCUCACUAUCAACAAUGACUACUUGCCUGCCUAUCGCAAUCUGCAAAAUGUUUGCAAUGCUCUCGUGGAAAGAUGGCAUUUUAGAAUGCUCAAUGACACAUAUCGCAAUGAAGCUUACAGAGAAGCGAUUUUGAAAAAGGUUCAACAAGGAUUCACAAGCGUUUUGGACAUAGGCACUGGAACUGGUAUUCUAAGUUUAUACGCAGUAUCAGCUGGUGCGACAGACAUCCAUGCUUGUGACUAUUCCCCGACAAUGUGUUCCAUUGCAUGUCAAGUGUUAGAGGCAAACAAAAUGGCCGAUAAAGUCACUGUGAUCAACAAACUUUCCAACGACCUCUCUAUUUCUCAUGAUCUUCCUGAAAAAAAAUCUCUUGUAGUAACUGAGACAAUGGAUGCUGGGUUGUUAGGAGAACAUCUGCUUCAAACAAUACUCCACGCUUGGAACCGACUUUUGAAACCGCCUUGUCCAGAACUUCUCAAACAACUUGAAUCCGGAGCAAAAAUUGAUGAUCAUGGCGUUGUUCUUCCGUUUGGGGCCAAAUUAUGGGCUGUUCCAGUAAAAUCAUACAACAUAGCCAGACAAAACUACCUUCUGGACAACUGCGACAGUUCUUGGGACUUCAGCAACAUUCUGCUUUAUAGUGACUCAAGUGAACCCUAUGACACGGAAAACUUAAGAAACGAUAAAUGCAAGUUUCUUGGGGAUCCUGUUGAAUUGUUCUGUUUUAAUUUCAACGAUCCCAUAGAGUUGCAAGAAUUUUAUGAAGGGAAAUUUGAUAAGAAAAAAGUUUCAUUUGAAUAUGAAGGAAAGUCAGACGCGCUGGCAGUGUGGUUUGAUGUUUCGUUAGAUGAGGACAUCACUUUUAGUUCUACACCGUUCUCAGAAGAUGUGUGUUGUUGGGAACAAGCAGUGUUUAAGUUUAAAGAGCCUCAAACUAGUUUUGCUGUGAAAGUUAGCUGUGGUGAGGGUAAACUGAGGUUCAACUUCAGUAAAACUACCUCUAAAAAAACUAAAGGAAAAACUAUAUCUGAAUAUGCAGUUAGUUCAGACACAAUUCUGUUUCUUAAUAAUCAUUCAUUGCUAAACAGGAUUAGUGUUUUGCCUGAAAACUUUGAUAAAGUUUUAAACGUAUUAGACCUCUCCCCUUUUCCAAUGUCAGGUCUGCAAUUUGUUAAACAAAAGAAGGCAAAUUUGGUUUGUGUUUUGAAAUCACAUGAAGAAGUUAAGGCUGUGAUACAAUUUGUUGGAGACAAUAGUUUGGAUUCCUGCAAAGUUAAGUGCUUUGUGAUGAAUGAAAUUGAUGUGGUGCUUUCAAACGAGAUAAGCAAGUUUGAUUUUAUAAUCAAUGAUUUGUUUGAAUCCAGUGGAGAGCUCAAAGAAGCUAAUGUUAACCUGAUACCAAGACUUGUAAAUCAGUUAAGCCCAGAUGGUGUGUUGUCCCCUACCAACAUAACAAUGAUGUUUCAACUCACUCACUGUCCAUGGAUCACCAGGACUUCUAAAGUAACUAACGAGGAGCUUGUUCAGAAAUAUAACAUCGCUCAGUUUAUCAACAUUUAUCAGGUACACCAGCAGUUGGACAUAAACUUACAGAUACUAGAGUGUGAAUAUCUCUCAAAUCCUGUCCCUUGUCUUCAACUAGUCCAGGAAGACAUGACUUUAGAUUCUUGUCGAACUGAAGAUAUAACAGUCUCUGUUGCAAAAGAUGGAUGUAUCAACGCUCUACCACUGUGGUACCAAUACCAGCUGUCUACACUACAAGAGCCAUUGUCUACUGGUGAAAGAGAUAGUCACAUAAACCAAGUUGUGUAUGUUGUAGAUCCUCCGUGUAAUGUCUUAGCUGGUGACACUGUUGUUAUUAAUGUAACCUAUCUUGCAGGAAUCACAAGAUUAAAACUGAAACAUUGAA